GCAUUCGGUUAUUGACUCAUGGGCCGCGCUGAAAAAGUGGAGAGAUUUUUCGUCGUUGAAAAGGGCCGAGACUCGCAAUCUGCUCGUACCCGUAGAGGUGUCUAAAAUCCCGCCUGGCUCUCGCGCUUCCCCGGGAUACAACACUGCGAACGUCCCUGGCAAACGAGAGCGUGCAUGGGACAAGAUUGAGAUGCCCUUCGACGUUUUCAUAGAAGCGUUUAUGGAACGCGAGCGCACUGGUGAAGACGCGGCUUGGACAGGUUACCUGGCACAGUAUGGGUUGUUAGACGACGUGCCAUCGCUGAAUGAUGACCUGAAACCACCACUGAUCUUCACGCGUAGUGGACGAGGUGAUGAAUGGCGAACAAAUCUCUGGAUUGGCACCGAAGGAACAUUCACUCCGAUUCAUCGCGACCCAUACCAUAAUCUAUUCUGCCAAGUGGUAGGAAUCAAACAGAUCAGCGUGUUCCCGCCAUCAGCAUCAGCGCAACUAUACCUAUCCCCAAGCCAUCUUCAACGUAACACCUCCGUCAUUCCUUGUCCCAAUCCGGAUCCGGAGGCGUACCCUCUGUUCUAUUCCGCCUUGAAGGACAGUUGGCAGGUCACCGUGCAGCCCGGUGAAAUACUGUUCAUACCGCGGGGUUUCUACCAUAGCGUGCAAAGUUUGUCGAAGAGCAUUUCCGUUAACUCCUGGUUCUUGUGAAAUGCCACUACUUCGUCACGAUUUAACACAGCGAUCAUCAACACACUACGAACUUCCAUACAUAACACGCAAUAAUCAAUACUUAACCCGGGCUUGCGAUGUAUCGAGACGCACGCGCUAUAACUAUGGAUUCGACGCCAGCUCCCUAAUCAGUCAGCCUAGAUGUAACUGGUUAUAUCCUGUGCAACGAACGGGUUCCGCAUAUAUAUUGUCACCCGAAUCUCCUAGCAAAGUGAAGAUGGGCACGGUAUGCCAGCAGUACGUACAGUGCACAGGCGGCGCCCCCGCAUGGUCCUCGAAAUCGAGAUCCAGGUUAAAAUCCAUGAGCAGAUCGCCCACCUCCCUACGCUCGAAGGCAGCUGCGAUGUGUAAGGGAGUGCCCAGCCUGGCGGAUCGGAGCGCGAGAAGCUUGCGUUUCAACCACGGCCUGCCGACCGUUGAGUGCUCGACGAGCAGGCGCAUGACUUCGACAUUGCCGCCCUUGGCGGCGAAGUGAAUAAGCGCCCCGCUGAACAAGUGACAUCCGAUGACGUGAGCCCCGGCGUAGUUGUGAUGAGACGGGAACGGUUGGUAAACAUGUGGGGAGGGAGAGGGAGAGCGGAAGAACUCGCGGUCCAGGAUGUGCCGGAAAUGAAUCUCGCAACCGGUCCCAUCACUGUCAUGGCCACCGGGUCCUUCUGUUUCCGACGUAGACGCAUAGCCCUGCAGGGGACAACAACAAUGUGUAUGUUGCAGAGCCAGCUUGAACAAUCCAGCGUAUCCCCACUUGGCCGCCCAGAACAAGGCGGGAAGAUCAGAACGGGGCUGUAACGCGAUGGCGCGGACCCUCCACACGACAAUCUCCGCCAAGCGCCGGUUUGUUCUUUGAAGGGAAGUCAAAUCCCUGGCGCGGUGCAAGUACAAGGCGAUCUCGUCAAGUAACUCGUUGGGGAGAUCCAUGAGGCCGGCCAGCGCUAGAUUAGAAGGCUGACGCGGCGUACUCCCAUAGUGGACGGCAGAGUAUGAAGUAGCCAUAUCGAUGGCCCUCCGUGCUGGGGAGUUCCUGGCGCUCGGGGGUG